GAACGCGAACUAUCGCCGUGGACGGAUGUGCCUGUGCGCAAAAGUCAACAAAUUCUCAAAAUAAAUAUUCGAAAAGUAAAAUUUAUUUCAACAAGUGAAAGAGAAAAUCUCAAUUUUGCAAAAAAAAAAAAAACAUUCUUAAAUUCUCAGCAAAAAAAAAAAUUCUACAAAUACUUAAAUUUACAACGGAAGUGCCGUUAUAUAGUGUAACAAAUAUUUCACAUUAUCGCUUACGAGUCUCAAUGCAGCGUAUAUAUAAUCGCUAGCUCGUAAAAUUGUUGUAACUGUUUUUCGCUGAAUGAACAUUUAGUGCGCUGCCUGCAUGUGGUAUUAUAAACUACUCAAUACAAUAAGGAAAAGUUAACAAAAUAAAGAGAGAAAUAAAAUAAAAAAAAGAAAUAAAGAAAAAUAAAAAUCAAAAUAAAAUAAAAAGUGAAGAAAACAUCACUAAUUUGGAUUACAAAUUUUUGCUUUGAACGAGGCCAAUAGUAUUACGCAGAACAGUGUGAUAAAAUUGAUAGUAACGAGUAUUAAUUACGAAGAUUUUUGGAAAGAAGCUAGCUGCUUGAUUUGCUAACCUACUUUUCCAAACCAAUUCCGCUAAUAAAUCGGCCAAAUGAGUGUCGAAGAGGACGAACACGUUCUACAAACUUAAAAGUCCAUCUAAUAAUUACAAUAAUAACAAACUUGUAAUGGACUGGUUAUUGGCAACGCCACAGAUACACAGCGCUUUUUCAUCAUUGGGUUCCCUUGAGGGGGAUACCUACGUCGUUGGUCCCAAUGCGUUAUCAAUCCUGGAUGAAAUAAACUAUAAACUCACCUAUGAAGAUCAAACGCUGCGCACAUUCCGCCGUGCCAUCGGUUUCGGUCAAAAUGUGCGUUCCGAUUUGAUACCGCUACUGGAGAAUACUAAGGAUGACGCCGUGCUCGAUUCGGUCAUACGCAUUUUGGUUAAUCUGACAGUGCCUGUAGAGUGCCUUUUCUCGGUUGAUGUUAUGUAUCGCACUGAAGUCGGUCGACACAUCAUCUUCGAGUUGAAUAAGUUGCUCUAUACGAGUAAGGAGGCCUUCACUGAUCCGAAGAGCACAAAAUCGGUUGUUGAAUAUAUGAAAUACUUGCUGGAGUCCGAUCCGAAGUUGUCAUUACAAAAAUGUGACAAAAUCAAUAAUUGUCUGUUGUUGCUGCGCAAUGUGUUGCACAUACCAGAGACGAAUGUGAACUUUGUAAUGCCUUUGGCGCAAGGUGGUUCACAUCCGGUGUCCAUGCAAAAUGCGAUACUUUGGAAUCUCUUCAUACAAAGCAUUGAUAAGCUAUUGCUGUAUUUGAUGACUUGUCCGCAUCGCGCUUUCUGGGGUGUUACUAUGGUGCAACUGAUCGCUUUGAUGUACAAAGAUCAACAUGUCAGCACGUUGCAGAAGCUUUUGAAUUUGUGGUUUGAGGCUUCGCUCUCGGAGAGUUCGGAGGAUAAUGAGAGUAAUACCUCACCGCCGAAACAAGGUAGUGGUGAUUCCAGUCCAAUGCUAACAUCGGAUCCCACGUCAGAUUCAUCGGACAAUGGUAGUAACGGUUGUAAGAACGAGUGCGCCGAAGAGCGACGUCAGGCUUUGCGUGAGGAAGCGACCGAAGCGACAUUGCAGGAAGUUAGCCGCAAGGGUCACGAAUAUCAAAACUCGAUGAUGUGUGAUACGCAUGUGAAGAAAGAGGUCGACGAUGUGGACUCGGGCAGUACCGAUAAUAAUGUUGACGGUGAACAGAUGUGCACGUCCAUGCUUGCUACUACACGUAGUACUAAUACAACACCAACGUCCAUUAAAGUAGAAGCCAUGGAUGAGAUGGCCGAUGGUGAAAGCGAGGCUGGUUGCUCGAGCAAGACCGACAGUGGUGACUCAUCACAAUCUUGUGAUAUGAUUGAUGAGAGUAACAACCAACAACAAAAACAAAAUCAACAACAACCAACUGAACCCAAUCAAAGCACUACCACCGCUGAGGCGAAUAAAACAGACGCCGAUGCGGUUAAAUUUAAGGCCCCCACAGUUAUUAUAAAACCCAAGCCAAUCUCGCAAAUGAUGGCCGACAUGCAUGAGGAGGAAAAUGAUCCACCGCCACAGAAAAUGUUUCAGAAGGUGCCACAUGCAGGCCAAUUGAAUUUGACUAAAGGAAAGAGUUGUCCGCAAAAGCGUGAGUGUCCCUCUUCACAGUCGGAACUCUCCGACUGUGGUUAUGGCACGCAAGUGGAGAACCAAGAAUCCAUAUCCACUUCGAGUAAUGAUGACGAUGGACCACAGGGUAAACCGCAACAUCAGAAGCCACCGUGUAACAGUAAACAACGCAGCAAGCAACGUAUUGUGAUGGCGAUGGUGGACAAGAAGGAAUUGCGACGCAAGAAGCUCGUCAAGCGUAGCAAGAGUAGUCUUAUCAACAUGAAAGGCCUGGUCCAACAUACACCCACCGAUGAAGACAUUUCUAAUUUAUUGAAAGAGUUCACAGUUGAUUUUCUACUUAAAGGUUAUGGUUGUUUAGUCGGCGAAUUACACUCGCAGCUGCUUACCAAUAUUAAAAUACCCAUCGAUACAUCGCACUUCUUCUGGCUGGUCACAUACUUUUUGAAAUUCGCCGCGCAACUAGAACUCGAUAUGGAGCAUAUUAAUGCCGUGCUCACCUUCGAUGUCAUCAGUUAUCUAACUUACGAAGGUGUUUCUUUGUGCGAACAACUAGAAUUGAAUUCCCGUCAAGAGGGUAGUGAUUUGAAACCAUACUUGAGACGUAUGCAUUUGGUCGUAACGGCCAUCAGAGAGUUUCUACAGGCCAUCGAAACUUACAAGAAAGUUACACAUUUGAGUGAGGAUGAUCGCCUACAUUUGCGACGUCUACAGACCCAAAUCAGUUCCACCGAAGAUUUGCGUUGCCUCUUCGUUUUACUUUUACGACGAUUCAAUCCGAAUUUACACACCAAACAGUAUCUACAAGAUUUGGUGGUAACCAAUCAUCUAUUACUUUUAAUACUGGAUUUCAUAACACAAACGGAGGGUGAUACCAGCAUCAAGAUGACCGAGCAUAUUUCACAAUUCGCCACGCUCGAGGUGAUGAACUAUUAUGGCAUGCUAUUGGAGGACUUCAACAAUAAUGGCGAGUUCGUGAAUGACUGCAUAUUCACAAUGAUGCAUCAUGUGGGCGGUGAUCUGGCACAGAUCGGUACAUUAUUCCAGCCGAUUAUAUUGAAAACCUUUUCACGCAUUUGGGAGGCCGAUUAUGAGCUUUGUGAUGAUUGGUCCGAUCUAAUUGAGUACGUCAUACAUAAAUUUAUAAAUACACCACAGAAGAGUCCAUUAUCCUUGCCAAAAACCUCACUAACCGAACUAACCAAGGAACACAAUCUCGAGAACACCGUGUGCGCCUGGACACAAGAGGAAAUGGACACCUUAUAUUGGUAUUACGUGCAGAGUAAGAAGAAUAAUGAUGUGGUUGGCAAGAUUGUGAAAUUGUUCAGUAAUAACGGCAAUAAACAGAAGUCACGCAUCUCGAUCAUACAACAAUUGCUGCAGCAGGACAUUAUCACCUUAGUGGAGUACGAUGAUCUUAUGAAAUUCGAAGACGCCGAGUAUCAACGUGCUUUACUAACCACACCAACUUCGACUUCUACCGAAUCGGGUAUUGAGCUGAAGAAUUCAUCCAGUUUCGGCAAGCCCUCUGAUGAUAUACAGAUUUUACGCGAUCUUAUUGUAAAAGAGAAUAAGGAGAAACAUUUAGUUUGGUUACAAAAGAUAUUGUUGGAAUGUUGUUACAUAAAAUUAAUCUUGAAGAACUGUUUACAACGUGAAGAUCGUCAGAACUUACAAUACGUCAUGGAACCGGUUGCUUAUCACUAUAUAUUGAAAAACAAAUCCAUACCGGUUGUGCAGUGGAAUAGCGAUCAGGCAACAACAAUGCUCUAUCAACCAUUCGUAUUGCUGCUACACAAAUUAGGUUUCCAGCUACCGGCCGAUGCUGGUUCGAUCUUCGCACGCAUACCGGACUUCUGGACCGCAGAAAUGAUGUUUAGCUUGGCGCGCAAGUUGGGACCCUUAGACAAAUUGUUGAUCAAAUUCGAUAUGAGUCAGUUUGAGGAAGCAAAUGCAAUAGAGUUGCAGCGUUGCCAUCAUGCAACCGCGGCGCGUGGUUCGCUCAGCUCAAUGUCCAGCCUGGAGAUGGAUAUCAGCGGUAGCGAUGAGUACACGACAUUGGUGGCAAGCGCUAUGGAAAAUGCAAACGUGAACGUAAAUGGUAAUGGAAAUGUAACGGCUACAGGCAGAUUAAGCAGCAAUAGACGUUCGAGCAGCGGUAGUGGCAGCAUGUUGGCGCCGGUACCCGAGGUCGACCCUAAGUUGGAGAAGGCGAAUGCGGCUAGCGAUGUUUUUGCUGUGCCCAAAUCGAAGCAUUGCAAUCCGAUUAUAAGAUUCACACCAGAUCCGGCACCUUUGCCGCCAGUGCCAAAUUGGUUGCAGUUGGUGAUGCGAAGCAAAAUAAAUACAAAUGCCCCACCGACAUCCGAUACUGCCCAUAAUGUCAAUAAUACAGUGGCAGCAACAACAACAACAGCUAGUGAAAACCCAACAACAACAACAACAGCAGCUACAUUGUCAACACUGGUUACAACUGCCUCAGCAACAACGCCAACAACAUCAACAGCAACAAUAACAACCAUACAACAACAAAAUGUUUUAGUUACGGCAACAACAUCGACGAUUGCUUUAGCGCCAGCCACAACAAUACUAAUCCCCACAGACCACUGUCCAUCCAUCAACAAUAUAAUUGGCUUGAAUAAUGAGACGAAUACUAAGAAUAACAAUAACAACAACAACCACAACACCACCACCGAAUGCAGCACAAAGAGUAAUAACAACAAAAAUGUCAGCGAUUUGAACAAACACAAGAAUGACAGCAACAUGAAUGCCAGCAGCGACAACUACAACUGUGGUAGCAGCAGCAACAACAACAGUUGUAGCAACAACAACAACCACAACGCUAGUAUGAGCGUAGGCGAUGGCAGCGAGUGCCGUGGCAGCAACAGCAACACAAUCAUGAAUAGCGACACAAACACCAGCAACAGUAGCCGUCAUGAGAACAGCAACAACUUAACGGUAAUCACACAGUCUGGCAUGCGCAAACACACCACAAUGCCGGCAACAGCUACAAUGUCUGCUGCGACAGCCAGCGCGAUGGCAGCGGCGGCGGCGGCUGCUGUGGCUGCAACUGACAAUUUUAUCAUUUAUCAGAAGCAACAACAGCAAUUGCAGCAGCAACAACAACAACAACAGAAUCAUCAGCAACAAUUGUUGCUACAACAAGCACAACAACAACCACCACAUUUCGAUGCUGCAAUAAAGACAUACGAUUGCGGCGAGCAGACGACAUGCAUCGAUUUGAAUUUCGGUGGCAUUGCUGGUGGUGGUGUUGGUGGUGCUGGCAGUAGCGGUGGCAACGGCGGUGUCGGUGUUGUUGGUGCAUUAAGCACAAUUGGCGGUUUGAAUAGCAAUUUGGAGAACGAAUACAGCGCUAUGGUGGCGUCGGUGUACGAGCAUGAGAUCGCCUACAGCGACUGCGCCUCGGUGGCCUCGGAUUUAACACGCAUGUAUGUCAGCGAUGAGGAGGAUAAAAAUGAGUUUCCUGUCACGCAUUUCACUUGAAAGCGUUAAAUCGAAACACUUCCACUACACAUACACAUACAAACAAAAAAAAACAAAAACAUAUACAUAUGAAUUAAUGUAAAGAAGUAAGAAGAAAACAUAAAAUGUAAAGUUCCAGUCGUUGUUUUAAAACUUAAGAAUGUAAGAAUACACGUAAAAACUUUCUUUCUACAGAUGGCCUUUACAGCGUAAAGAAUGUGAUUUAGCAAAAAGGGAAAUGCUUUAUACUAUACUAUUGCAUAUUGAAAUGUUAAGUGAAAUGAAAUGAAAAAAAGAAAAAUUAUUUCUAAAAUGUUGGCCUAGCUAAAUAUAUAUAUAUACAUACAUACAUAUUUAUAUGUAUAUGUAAAAACAAGUACUUUGUUCUUUUCUAUUACUUUCCUUAUUUUCCAGUUUCUACAGUUUCUAUAAUAAAUCGAAAAAAAUAUAUGAGUACUGUUAUAAUAAAAAAAAAUUUUUUGCCGGAAAUUCAAAGCUUUCAAAAAUAUUUUUAAUAAAUAAAUUUUGCAAAAAAAAAUUUAAAACAUUAAAUGAAAAUUGUUACAUUUGAAAUAAUAAUGAAUUUAAAUGUCGGGAUUUUUUCUAUUGUAAUCCUCAACCAUUCGGGACUGAAGACGAAUUAUAUUUUUUAUUCUAUUUAAAAAAAUUUAUUGAUUUUUUUUAUUUUAAUCCCGAAUUUCGGGAUUCAUGAAGAGUGGUAUUUUUUGAAAUAUUCUGUAAAAAAUGUUUGAAUACAAAAAUCAAAUAAAUUCAUUUAAUUAAAAAACAUUGCUUCCUAAAACAAAUAUAAAAUUUAAAUUUAAAAAUUAAAAAAAAAAUUGAAAAAAUUGUUUUGUUUGGGGUAAUUUGUAAAAUAUAGUUCGGGAUCCCGAAACUGUACUUAUAAUGCAAUUUCUAUGGGAAUUAUUUAUAUUACUACUGGAAAUUUUGGGUUUUUGGUGUUGGUUUAAAUUUUUGUAAUAUUUCUUGAAAAAUAAACU